AUGGUAUCACUCAACUUGUUCCGUCGACGACAGGUCAAAUCGUCUGUCCUAGAUGUCCCCCUCGAGAAGUAUGAUCAGAGUACGGGAUUACCGGCGAGUAUCAAGAUAGGUGAUGAAGAUUAUAAGCCAUUCGUCAGCUUACAAGAGACAAGAGACCACUUGACCUUCUUAUCUGCCUUAUCAUCACUUCGUGACUCUGUACCUUCCUUCGAUGAUAACGCAUUUCCCUCUUUAUGUCAAGAAUCGGCAAAGGCGUAUGCACACUGGGCUCAACAUACUCUCAUAUCGCGACCCUUUACUGCGAGCGACUUGCCCAGUCUGGGGGUAUUGAUGGCAUGGCAUUCACACUUGCUCAAUCCGACGAUAUACGAACGAGAGAUUGCAGGGGAGUAUAGAGCUUUGAAAGGGGUUGAUUUCCCAUUGAGUGAAAUUGCUACAGCUAUUCGCGAGAACACCUUACCCCCUUUCCGUCCCAUCGCUUCGGAUGAGGAAUCAACUCUGAAGAAGACAAUUUGGUCCUAUGAGGAGAUAGGAAUGGCUAUUGGGAGACAGGCAAAGUUCGUAGCUCAUAUGAAGAGGAUCGGAUGGUUAGAUGAGAGGUAUUGGCACAAGGGGUUGAGCGAAUUGCAGUUCUCAAUCGUACUGUAUCACGCAUGGUUGGACCUGAUGCGAUCGACCGAAUGCAAAUACUUCCUCGUACCUCGCUUAGAUAUCGACCUAGCAUGGCAUACCCACCAACUCCAUCAUGUUCGGUACAAAGCCGAUACAAUCAAGGUAUUGGGCAAGCUGUUAAAUCAUAAUGAUGCAGCUGGAGAUGAGAAGACAGGCAAUGGGAUGGAAGUUACUAGGAAGUUGUGGAAGAAGAGAUUUGGCUGGGAAUAUCAAUAA